AUGUGCCACUUGAGUGCCCGUGAAGUAGUGUCGACGUAGGGGGCCACGGCCACAGUGUUGCGAACAGGAAGUGACGACUCAAGACGGCGCUGGAUGUACCACACCACGGGACAAUGAGCUGUGUGCCACAAGGCGCCCUCUUGGCGCUGCUGGCCGCCAUCUUGCACUGCACCAUGACGUCACCCGUGUGGAUGCCGCAAUUCCUGUCCGGAGGGUCUGGUCGCAAUAUCAGGCAUCUUCCUUGUGUGAGUCGACGGACUGGAGAGACAGGAGUGUGUAUGUUUGCCUUCGCUUGUAUGAAGGCAAAUGGUACGCACCUAGGAACCUGUAUAGACAGAUUCUACUUCGGGAGUUGCUGCCAGCUGCAACAGGAAAACGUGUCUUACGUUGAAAACACAGAGGAUAACAAUGUGUUGCCCGUUACCACGACGACCGAGUCCAAGUAUUACUUAUCAACUUUCCAGUCGAUACAGGACAGUGAUAAUAAGGUUGAGGACGAUGAUCAACCUAUUGCCAAGCCAAUCAAGCCCGUCAUAUUGCCAACGAAGAAACCUAUUGUGCCAGAGAAGAAACCUACAUCGAGUUUAACGACCGUAAAACUAACAAUGACUGAACCUACUGUGACGAAAGAGAAUACGACGUUUACUAUCACGACAAAAGAAAGUUCGACAAAACCUAGCGUUAAACCAUUUACGACAGACUCUGUUGCAGCGAUACAACCUUCGGAAACCACCAGAAAACCUGCUAUUUCGACGGCGACUUCUGAGACAUCUAGGAGACCAGUGACAGAACCAACUAAACCUCCAAAAACUACGACUCCAAAACCUGUAACACAGACAACGAUUAUACAAUCAACGACUAGAAGGCCAGUGACACAGAUAAAGCCAUCUGGAGUCACGACGAGGAAACCAGCGACCCAACAUACAAAUCCAUCUGGAACAUCCACAAAAAAACCAAUAUCGUUAGCCGAAACUACUACUAGGAAACCUAUAAUUCAGACAAGUUCUUCUGCAACAAUAGGAAAACCUGCAACAGAACAGACAACGACAAGAAAACCUUCAACGCAGGACACCACACAAAGGAUAACAGUACCACUGGAAACUACUACAAGAAAAUUUGUAACCCAGACAGACUCAACCACAGCAAAGACUGGGACACAAGCAGCACCCAUUGAUUACACCACAAGAAAGCCUACAAUCCAAAUGACACCACAUAGGACCACGACAAAAAAACCAGUUACUCAGGCUAAACCUCCCGAAACACCCACAAGAAGACCUGUUACUCAGACUAAACCUCCAGAUACAAUCACAGUAUCUGUGCCUCAAGCGAAACCUGAAGCAACCACAAGAAGACCUGUCACUCAGACUAAACCUCAAGGUACAAUCACAGUAUCUGUGCCUCAAGCGAAACCUGAAGCAACCACAAGAAGACCUGUCACUCAGACUAAACCUCAAGGUACAAUCACAGUAUCUGUGCCUCAAGCGAAACCUGAAGCAACCACAAGAAGACCUGUCACUCAGACUAAACCUCAAGGUACAAUCACAGUAUCUGUGCCUCAAGCGAAACCUGAAGCAACCACAAGAAGACCUCUGCCUCAAACGAAACCUCAAACAACUGAAACAAAACCUGUGAUCCACACAACCUCUUCUGUAAUCCCUACAAGGGCACCUCCGGUUACCCAACCUAGGCCACCUGCAGUGACCACCACGAAGAAACCUCUACCUACAACAAGUCGGAAACCGACAAAGAGACCAACAAUUAAGACAACUGAAAGUCCGGUGGAGACAACGACCACAACGACGCCUGCACCGCCAUCGCUGAUCACGUGGACAAUGCUGCAGGAACCGCCAGGAACAGAGGCGACCACUGCGACCACCACAUCAGACGGCUGGAUCCAGAUACCAGUAACCACGCACCCGCCAUCUGUUGAUAGCACUUCGAAUCUAGGAACAUCGACCUCAAGAUUCCCGGAUACGCCGCCAGAUGUCACCACUGCACCACCACCUAUAAUUACUACCACACCAACAACUAGUACGACGACGAAGUUGCGACCGGAAAUUACGAUUUCGACAACCUUUGUCCCGGAAGUGGCAAGUGAAGACGCCUUGGCGGCGAACACCACACUGGAUAUUGAUCUCAACACCACCGACUUUAGGCAAGUGUGCGGCCGCCGACUGUUUCCUGAAUCCCGUGUCGUGGGUGGAGAAAAAUCUUCGUUUGGCAAGUGGCCAUGGCAGAUCUCUCUACGACAAUGGCGCACCUCCACAUAUCUGCACAAAUGCGGCGCUGCACUCCUCAACGAGAACUGGGCCAUCACAGCGGCGCACUGUGUUGAGAAUGUGCCCCCUAGUGACCUAUUGCUGCGGCUUGGAGAGCAUGAUCUCAGCUCCGAGGAGGAGCCUUAUGGCUACCAGGAGAGGCGUGUGCAGAUUGUGGCAUCACAUCCGCAGUUUGAUGCCCGGACAUUUGAGUAUGACUUGGCCCUGCUGCGCUUCUAUGAGCCAGUGACAUUCCAACCAAAUAUCUUGCCAAUUUGUGUGCCUCAUGAUGACACCAACUUCGUGGGUCACACGGCAUAUGUUACAGGCUGGGGCCGCUUAUACGAGGAUGGACCUCUGCCCAGUGUGCUUCAGGAAGUGUCUGUACCAGUAAUAAACAACUCUGUCUGUGAAACUAUGUACCGUUCUGCAGGAUAUAUUGAACACAUUCCUGAGAUAUUCAUUUGUGCAGGCUGGAAGAAAGGUGGCUUUGAUUCAUGUGAGGGUGAUUCUGGUGGACCCAUGGUAAUCCAGCGACCUGACAAGCGUUGGUUGCUGGCUGGUGUCAUCUCAUGGGGCAUUGGCUGUGCAGAACCAAACCAACCAGGGGUCUACACACGCAUCUCUGAAUUCAGGGAAUGGAUCAACCAGAUCCUCCAAUUUUAGGCUUUCAAGAUCUACAGAUGAUCCUAGGAGUCCAGCAGAAUAAUGAUCAUAAUCAGCAUUCCUGAGAUAAUAAAGUGAUGAUCUUCAUCAAAGCAAAUGCAACCAACAGGACAUGGCAUGGUCAACGCGAAAUCAUAAUUGCAGGAAUCCUAAAUAUAUAGAAUAUUAAAUGCUCUAUAGACUGUAGUCUGAAUUUGAGAAUAUGGUCUGUAGAUCAUUUAAAGUAACUGGGUUCUGCAAUUCUAACAUGGUCAAUGCAAAGUCAUGAUAAUAGGAAUGCUGAAUAUCUAGGAACUUCUAAAAAUGAAAAUAUCUGUGGCAUAUACAAACAUGGUUGAACCAAAAAUCAUGGAGCAGUAGAGUGAUCAUUAUAACACUGUGAACAGUUAUAAACCAGAACUAGAGUCACAGAAUUCCUUUAUUGUCACAAGUAAUAAAAUAUCAUGGUCUCAAGUAUUAAUUCCAAGAAUUUCUUUGAGAUCAUGGAGUACUAUGAACAUGAGAAUGUUCUGAUGAAAAUCAACUGUUGUUAUCACAUAUAUUAUCUUAUAUGUGAAAAUUAUAACAAACGUGCUUAAUUUUGCAUUGACUGUAUUGUAAUAUGUAUUAAGGCAGCUAAAAAUCAACAAAUUGAAAUGUAUGGUGGACACACUGGAAAUUGUAUGAUUUGAAUGAUAUGAUCAGACAAUUAUGUGACAGAGAGAGACAGACAGACAGAGAUGGACAAAGGGAAAGAGUGGCAUGCAUGACACUUUGAUUACUGUAUAGUUUAAUAGCCUGGCCAAUGAAUAUGAUAGUAAACUGUUAGGUAUGUAGGUAGACAGAAUAAACAGCCAGGCAAUGAGACUGAAAAAUUGUAAAUUGAGUAAGUCAAACAGUUGUCCUGGCUUCAAGAUAAGAUGCUUUGAGAGAAACUACAACAUCCUUAAGCUGAUAUCAGCUGUAAGAUAAGCAUCAAUGAAGUAAUUCACACAAUGAAUUAAAUUGAGUGAGGAAAGAUAUAAAUCAUGUUGACUCCAGUGCCAUGAUAUGCUCAAAAAGCAAACUGCCAUGAGGAAACUAUAUUCUUAUGUCAGUCAGAGUGAUCAUAAAGCAACUGGAAUUGUUACCAUGAUGAUGGCACUGAUCGAAGAAGACACAGUGGACUCCCAAUUCAGUACUUCUGAAGUCAAGGUUUUCCCUCCUCCAUAUUUAAUUCUACCAGUCACAUCUACAUCACAUCUGUAGAGUUGCCUCCAUUAUUUAAUGAUUUUCACAAUUCUAGUGUCCCCUAGAGAUACAUUACAUGUGGAUUUCACUGUACUUUGACUAUGAAAAAAAAAUAUUCUUGACUGUGUUGGAAAAUCUGUCUAAGUGAAGGAUCCAAUGAGUAAAUUAUUUUGUAGCAAAUCAUAUAACAAACAAAUACAAAAUAAGAACAGAGGUGAAAUUUUGUGUGACUUAUACAAGAAAGGAAAAAUGGGGCUGCUGAUGCUUGUACGACUAUGAACACAAUGAAAAUUAGUGGGUCUGAAAGUUGUGAGUGAAUGAAAAUUAUUUAUAUUGUGAGAUGAACAUUUCUAGCUUUAGAGUGAAUUGUAAUGCAGGUGAAUCUGUGAAUUUGAUGUCAGUACAAGUGAUAAUCUUUAGCUGUGGGACGCUACCUUUCUCAUGCUGUUAAGUGUUUUAUAUAUACAUACAUAUAUCAUAUUUUGUAUAAAUAAAUAAUUCCUUUCUAA